AGUCGGACGUCCUGAGCGCCUCCGCUGCACACACUGCAGGACGCUGACCGACACCGGAGGAAUGCGUGGCCAAUCCUGAAGCUUUUUCGGGAUUUUCAGAGGGCAGAGCUGCGAUUUAGGAAGCGACUCAUCGUGUUUAGCAUGACUAGUCGUCCGUGGAGCCGAUAAACGGCGGCAGCAAUGUCUCACCAGCAGCGGCUCGUGCAGCUCUCCGCCGCCUCGCUCGCGCUGGUCUUCGGCCAGGACGAGGAGAGUCCGCGCGCCGGUGGAGGAAAACUCAGCGCCAAUGCGACCACCGCGAGCGGGCAGGAGAUUUUUGCGGACUUCAAGGCGCAAAACCUGCGAAGUUUUUGGAAUAAGAGGCUCGUCAAGGCGAUAGCUGAAGUGUACUUUCAGGGAUGGAUGGAAAAUAUGGUGCUUUUCGUGCAAGGGAACGCGAACAACUUGGAGGUGCUGAGAGAGGCAUGGAUGCGCAGGGCUCUGAGGUCACCUAAAGGAUUUGUCAUCAAAGCUGUCGGUGACCUGUCCCCAGUGCAAAUGUCCCCUGUCCCCCAGUCUCAGUUCAUCCCCUUGGCUGAGGUGCUGUGCUCUGUCAUCUCAGAUAUGAACUCUUCCCACAUCACUGUCAACCAGGAAGCACUUGUCAACCACAUGAGCAAAGCUCAUCCAGGGAUGACCAUCCCCACUCAGGACAUCUUGUACAAUGCUCUGGGCAAUCUGAUCAAGGAGCGUAAGAUUUACCAUACAGGAGAGGGUUACUUCAUUGUCACGCCACAGACCUAUUUUAUCACCAAUAGUGUGGUCCGAGAGAAGAGCUGGUGGACUUCGGGCUCAGGAGAUGACCCUCCCUCACCUCCUCCGAUCACCUACCUUUUGAGCAACGAGGCCUGCAUGGAGAGCACUCAGAUGCCCCUAGCAGCUCAUUGCAAGUCUUGUAGCUGCUUUGCCCCUCUCCAAACACCCACUAAUCUCAACACCACUACUGUAACGGCCACUGUCCCUUCCUCCACCAUCCCAGACCAGCAUUCUGUCUCAGUAUCCAUAAGUGAAUGCACAGGCAAGAGCUUGAAGUGGCCUAGACCAUUAGAUCACAAACCCACAGUGCAACAUCAGUCCACCUCCACAGCAGCAGACUACCAGGCAAGUGAGGUCAGCAAAACAACAGCCACCACUAACGCCACUAGCCGCAAAGAAAAAGACAACAAACCAGGGAGGAAAUUUGGCCUCAGUCUGUUCCGGAGGAACGGAGGGAAAAAAGAAAAGCCAAAGAAGGAGUAUGCAUCAUUUUCAGGCCAGUUCCCUCCAGAGGAAUGGCCGGUGAGGGACGAGGAUGACCUCAAUAACUUACCCCGUGACCUGGAGCAUGCUAUUAUCAAACGCAUCAACCCUGAACUCACUGUGGACAACUUGACACGUCAUACAGUCCUUAUGAAGAAGCUGGAGGAAAGAGGGGAGAGGGGGGUGGACAAGGUGUUGGACAGGGGUCUGGACAAGGACGAUAGGGGAGUAGACAAGGGAAUGUCAACAGAGAUCCUGACUUUCUCCAAACCCAGGCACCAUCACUCCUCCAGGGCAGUGGCAGGGAGAAGAUCUACAACCAAGGUGUCUCGCAGCAAGAGGAGGACUCACUCCUCCAAAGAGAAGCAGAGAGAAAGGGAAAAGGAGAGGAUUAAGAGUAAGGCUCCGAUAUGUGGGGGUGACUAUGCAGAAGAGGAGGACUUGAUCCCCUCUAGGCUCAGAGUGGAAAUCCCUGUCGAUGAACCAGAGAACGUGGAGGAGACUGGAGCUGUGGAGGGGAAGUGCCUCUAUAAGAAACGAAUUGACAACCCAUUUCACACUCCUCCAAUCAAAGAGCCGCCAGAGACCACAAUUACUGCCACUGUGACAGCGACCACCAGCAGAGAACAUAGGAGGCGAGAGGUGAAGGAAGGCAAGACUUCGGGGGGAGGGAAGAAGGAACGAGCAGGUCACCGCUCCAAAUCAUGGGAUCCUCAUCGAGCCAAAGACGCAGAGCAUACAGGGAAGUGCCACACAUCUGAGGACAGGUAUGAUGGCAUCCAUGAGAGGGGCUUUGCAGCUGAUAAUGUGCUCCAGCCGGAUAUGAAAUCCAGCAGAGAACUUCCUUCAGACUACAGCUCAGCCUACCCCCAGAGCAGUACCCUGAGGAUAGAAGAUAAGGUCCGACACCAGAGGGAAGGAAACAGCAGGGAGAUCUGGGAGAAAGAAGGCAAACACAGACCCUUACAGGAGGCAGAGUACAAGAGUGUAACAGACCACAGGUAUCAAAUGGGCCAGAUGACAAAGGAGGACCUCCCUAACAACCAACCACACACAGAUACUGAUGCCAUUCUCCCUACCCAUCCCUAUGAUCCAGUAAUAAACCACUUGUAUGGCCCAGCUCAACCCUGGUCUAAGCCCUCGCUACAGCGGAAGCACUCCCUCAGACACUCCAACACACAAGGGGAUGAUAUUCAGAGGCCUGAUCGGGUCUCUCCACACCAGCAGGUCAGUGGCACCACAGCCAACCAUGAACUCCAGGGGACAAGGACCAGCAUCAGCGUCAGUAGUAGAGAGCAAAGAACCAUGGGCCAGGGAGAGAGAUUGUCACUGACAGCUGACAGUGUCUUAAUUACCAAUACUGAUGGCUUUAUAGAAGAUGACCACAGAUUCUAUGAGAGAACAGAUGAACAGGAGCAUGAGGAUGCCUGCAGCUCCUUGUGUCUGAAUGAAGAAGAGAUUUUAGAUGCUGCAAAGGCCUACCAAACUGGGGUAGCCCACUACCAAGACCCCCACAGUCACUAUCAUAAUUCUCACCAUCCCCAGGUCCACAGCAUUCAAGAUGAUGGGGACAGCAUUUUCAAAGAGAGCAUUCCUGUAACCAGUCAGAGAGAAAGUUCUCCCAGCACGCCCAGACUUGGGGACACCAGCUGGAGACCCCACCAUCACCAUCAGAGGGCGAGAUCACUGGGGGCCCAGAGCGAGCCCAGCCCUCGACAAGGAACAUUGCCUCAGGGGGAGAGACGCCAGGAGGGCAGCCUUAGUUUGGAUUGUCUGGAAUCCCCCGAGGUUGUAGACAGCAGUAUCUUUGACUACUGCCAAACUAGUGAGAUGGAAUCAGAUGCUGAAACUGUCCUGAAGUCCAUUGAUGAGGGUGAUGGUGAAUCUGCUCACUGGGGGUGUGAGGUGGAGGAAGCAGAGGAGGGGAGUUUUGAGAUGCAUGGUGACAGGGGAGGUCCUCAGACCCAUGGAGCCAGUCUGAACAUGCCCAGUGGAUCCAGAGCAGGACAGACUGGGGAACCAGGGGAAAUGGGAGAGAGUCAGAGCAUCACAGGAGACAGCGGUAUAGACUCUCCUCGGACCCGUGUCAGUCUGGCGUCCAAUAACACUGUGAUUCUGGAGGGUCUCAAGAGGAGAGGUUUCUUGCAGAACUUGGAGAAACUGCAUUCCAAAAGCAGUGCCAUAAGACCACAGAGCUCACUGCUACAGCUCACACCUGUCAUGAACGUAUAGCGGCCCAGGGGCCCGCUGUGUGGGAUCCCUACAAAUCUCAACACAGCAUCAGUGAGAGGCCAAAACCAUGUGCUAGAACCUCAAAUUCUAUGCAACUCCUUUAAGUCUGAGUCAUAAAACAUAUCCAGUGAAUUAAAUUUAGGUGCUUAUUUCCAGACCUCUACUGUAACAGAUACAUACUAUAACAGAGGUCUAUGUACAUAUGUAUAGAUUUUUUUCUUUUUUGUAAAUAACAUUUUUAAAGUGAAAUGUUGUAGAAUGUCAUUUAUGGAUUACAUACAUGGUAUAUGUGCUGUUAAACGCAUGAUUUAUUGACAACUUGUGUUAUGUGAGACUCUGUACAGACUUUUCUUUUUUACUUCUCCACAUUUCACAUGGUCCAAAAGUUCAUUGAAACAAGACUCAUCCCAGCAUUAUCUUUUCAUGUAGUGAUUUUACCACAAAUAAAUAUAUGUAUAUCAACCCGUGUCUUACCUGUAGUGAAUCAUUUUGACAUAAAGGAACAUGCAACAUAGUCUAUA